AUGUUCCUGUCAUUAUCUACUCUCACUGUAUUGGUUCCAAUUUUCUCUUUAAUUGGACUGUUUUACUCGGCAACAGUAGAUGAGAAUUUCCCACAAGGCUGUACAAGUACAAGCAGUCUGUGUUUCUAUAGCCUCCUGCUUCCAAUAACCAUACCAGUGUACGUGUUCUUCCAUCUCUGGAAGUGGAUGGGAAUCAAACUUUUCAGACACAACUGAUGUACUGUAUGGGCAAUAAUGCAAGAGCAUCUGUCAUUUGAAAAAUUUAAAUAAAAGUUUUCAGUCUGA